GACUAUCAGAAAUAUCCAGCACACAAGAAAGAGAGUGUGUGGGACGGAGAGAGACAAAGCAAGCAGAGAGAGAGAGAGAGGGAGGGCAAGAGAGAGAGAGAGAGAGAGAGAUGUGGAGAGCAUGUGCACCAGUGUGUUGUGUGUUGGCUGUACUUCUCGCGUCUCUCUCCUCUGAAUGCACGUCUUUGGUUUCCCUCAGAUAAGGACAGCGCAGCAGUGAAGCCGAGCAGAGCUGGAGUAAGAGACAGAAGACACAUUGUUCUGAUCAGAUGAACAAACAAAUCAAAUGAGUCAGAGCACAUCUUUCGUUCUUCUCUUCGUGGGGUUACUCCUCAGCGCAGCAGGUAUGUACUUCUCACUCUCUCUUUUUUUGCCUUAUUCAUUUCUUUUUACUUUUUUUUUUUAUAUAUAAUGCACAUUUUUCCUUAUUUUUUUCCUCAGUGAAGUUAUAAAGUAACCAUACAGUUUUGGUUAGAUAUGAGAGUUUCCAUCGGCUGCAUAAGCUCUCACUUUUACAAGCAAACAUAUGGUUCUCACUGACUUUGAAAUAGCGGCAGAUACAACUGUCAGAUGGGAAUUAAAGAUGCAGAACUUUGUUUUUACCAGAAGAAAGCAGAGCAACAUAAGCAGACAAAGGGACAGCUUACCUAGCAUGUAAAAACUGUCUGGAUGACCAGGACAUCAAGAACUUACGUAGAAAAAAGUCUCUCAAUUAUAUAUUUGUGAGUCUUAAUGGUUAAUAUUUCUCAGUCAAUGGCAAAAUUGGUAUUUUAAAAAAUCAUUUGGUUAUUGUGCGGUGUAGACUCAACAUGAUCAGUUUUUAAUCUUCCCUGAUUAUUUCUUAUUUAUGAAAUAACUGUGUCUAAAUGUUCACUUUGGUGUAAAACAGAAGUAGCCAAUCACAUUUGUAAAAAAGUAUUUGAUACGUGUUAAAACAUUGUCAAAAACAUUGACCUGGUUUUCACUUUUUUCACUUUUGUGAAAGUAAAGCAUUUUGAAGAAGUGAAAGACUUCUGUGGCUGUAGUGGGAACAGUUUGGUGACAGGACACACAUCAGCAAAUGUGAAGGACACAGAGUGUUAUCCAAUCAUUGAACUCUGUGUACUGCUAAGCGUAUGUGCAUCACUAUAAACUAUCUAAAUUGAAUAGAAAAUACGGUUUGGUGUGGCAUGUUCAGCAAACUGCUUAAUCUGUUUCAGCAGCUAUUGAAGUUUUGCAGGAUUAUUCUCUUAAAUUGACUUUUUCAGCUUUUAGACAAACAAAGGAUUGUAAAUACUGUCACAGCCAAACUCAUGUGGGAGGCAGCAGAUGAGUUAGCACCACUUUUUUUACUCUUCAAUAAGGCAGAUGUAAGGAAAUGUUUCCUUAUAUUCCUAUCGUAUAGGUUCACAUGCCUCCUGCCCCCUCGAGUUGAGACCUCCCAGUGUUGUGGUCAAAUAUGGAGACCCAAUCUCAAUCAACUGCAGCACAACGGAGACCGCGUUCGAAUCAAUUGGUUGGGAGGCACCAAAAGGAGGCAAAAAUCAACAAAAGGUCAACCAUCUGAUCUGGAGUUUGAAGAGCUUGACAAACUGGUCUAUCUCACCGUCCUGCUACUUUAAUGGAGAGAGUGGUGAACAGUGCGAAAAAACCCCGGACAUAGUUGUUUACAGUAAGUUUUAUAAAUAUAUUUUAAACUAACACUGAUUCAUAAUUAAGUCUGUCUAAUGACAUCUACUUUUUCUUCAGCUUUCCCAGAAACCAUCAGUAUCAGCUCUGAGAGUGACAGGGUGAGAGAAUCAGAGAAACUUAACAUCACAUGUGACGUCCCCAACAUAGCACCUGUUCAAAAUCUUACUGUGAAGUGGUACAAAGACGAUACGUUUCUACUGACAAGGACUUUUGAUGGUUCGGAGAGAGAACCAGUGGCUCAGUCAUCAAUCCUCAGUUUUGAAGCAAAGAGACAAGACAAUGGAGCCACUUUCAGAUGUGAGGCCCAUUUGGACCUGGGCCUAGAGGAGCUACAACUUAAUGUGUCUUCACAAGAGUACAAUAUCAAUGUUCUCUGUAAGUAUAGGCCUAUCACAUGAUAUAUGUACUUUUUCGAAUGUCUCAAAGCGCACAUUGAAGUUCCUAUGAAGGGUGGGUUUAAGGGUCCAUUGUGUCUCAAAACACAGAUUCAACUAAAGAGAUUCUCAGCUUCUUCACUGUGAAUCUUGUUCCCUCUCUUGCUGCAUCAGCUAACACUCACAAAACAAGACUUUCCAUAAUGAAACACUGAGAUUUUGAACUUCUAUUCAUAUUUCAAAUAUUAUAAUGCAUUUUAAGUUAGUUCCUGUUUCAGUAUUUUUUCAUCCCUUGGUCUUGAUUUUUUUCUAUUGUUUCUGUUUUGCUUGCCUUGUUUAGUUGGACCGGAGGUACAAUGUGCUACUAAAGAGUUUUUGGAAGGGCAAACUUUAGCAGAGACCUGCUUGGUUACAGGAAAUCCUGUCCCUACGGUCACAUGGCUGAAAAAUGGACAGCCAACGGACCCCACCGCCCCCCUAAGCCGAGAGGACGCAGGGCAGUAUGAAAUCGAAGCUGAGGGCGCUCAACUGAUCAGGGAGAAACUCGAGGUUCUUGUCUCAUGUGAGUGGCAAAUCCAGAUGUUUUGGUACAUUUUUUCAACAUAUUCAUCACAUAUACUUUAUAAUUUGGGGUAGUUUGAUGUAUUAUACAUAUUAAUUUAUAUAUUAAUUAAAGGUGACAUUAACGCAAAAUUGCAAAGGUUCAGAAAAAGUAGAAGUAAGCCAAAAUAGUGCAAAGUGUGUUUAAAACAACUUAAAGUUCUUGUAAGGAACUCCCUGUCUGUGUUGAUUUUGGAGCCCCCCUGUGGACAAAGUACUAACCCUUAAAUCCUUACAGAUUUUGUCCUUUCCUUGUACUUAUUGGUUAAUUUAAUUUAAUUUUGCUUCUAGAUGGGCCAGAGCUGUCAUGUCCAAGCACUUACACUGCACAGGAGCAUUCUCCUCACAACCUCACCUGCACCGUUGAAGGCUAUCCUCAACCUAAUACCACCUGGUAUAAAGAUGGUGAGGAGGUGGAACUUCCAAAGUACCUAACAAGAAGUGACGCAGGACAAUACAUCAUCACAGCCUCAAACAACCUUUUAACCGUCAACCUCUCAUUGGAUAUCACUGUCUUAUGUGAGUUUUAUUAUGAAUCAAUAUGUUACAUUAGUGGAUUUUCUUUUACUCUGACUUAUAUCCUUCAAAUGGUUGCCUUGUAGACCCACCAUCACCGAUUGUUGAGCUUGAAGACUCUGAAGUUGAAGUUGGCUCUACUGUGCGGUUGAAGUGCUCCUCCACUGGCAAACCAAGACCAAAGUAUUCCUGGGAUUAUUACCGUACUGACAACGUGGAGGAGAACAAUGAAGACGGAGUGUCUUAUCUGCUCAUCACCAAUUCCUCUACGCACAAUAUGGGCCUGUACAAAUGUCAUGCUUGGAAUGACAUGGGAAAUGUCUCAGCAACAGCCAGAGUCACGGUAAAAGGUAGGGGAAAUAUCUAGCAACCACAAAGAUUAAGAACACGGUUGAUAUUUUACCUGAAAAUAUUGAUUGUGUGGGCAAAAUCAAAGCAGCCAUAGAAGUAUGACCUGAUUAGGGUUUACAUCAUGAAGCUCCAAGUAUAGUUUGCCAGUGUGAUUAUUCUGGACCAGAAGUGACAGUAAUUCAGUGUGAAGAUGGAUACUGUGAAUGAUAUACAAUCCAAGGAUAGAUCCUGUUAGGUCAAGAAAGAAUUCUGGUUUGCCAAAAUGCCAGUAAAGACUCUAAGUACUGGGUUAAAGUGAGGGGUACGGAUGCCAACUGCCCAGCCACAAGUCCCUGCUUUGCUCACAGAUAGCAUUAUGAUGAUGACAUGGUUUUAACUUAGUUUUCAGGGCUUAAAGGAAAGAUUUUUUAAAUACAAAUGAAAGGCCAUGAAUUGAAAAAUCAUGAUAGAAAGAGUCUAACCUUGUUUAGAGUCAUGUCAAGAAUUUACGGAUGUCACAGAGGAUUUUUUGGACCCCUUUGCAAAAUUGUGGGUAAAACUGAGUGGCAACACAUUAUCAAGUUUUUACAAAUAUUAUUACUGAAAGGUAGGGGGAUCUUUUUAUGCCUUUAUGGGAAUGGGCAGAACAGUGGAUAGAUAGAGCAGGAGUAUGGAUAGAGUGGUGAGUGAUGUGCUUGCUAAAGCCUCAAUGCGCCUACAUGGGCUGCUUAAGCUGCUCAGCCAAUGGAACCCCAGUUUUCAGGUUUAGGGAUACUUACUUGCUGUGUGCUCCAAAGGUCAAACAUUAAGUUGAGCUGUGCACAUCAGCUCAGGAAUUCUCCUUGCAUUAGGCUUUUGGUGUACUUCCAGGUUGCAAAGUUUGGUCAGCCAUAACUUCUAGUAAUCAUUAAAUAUCAUGAAGAUAGGCAGUGGGGGUUUCCCCUCAUUGGCUAUUAGCAUCCUGAUGUUAGCAUGUUUAGCAUCAGAAUUACUGAAGGCUCUUUAAGGGAUAUUCCAGCAUUAAACAUUAAUUUAGGGUCAAACACACCGUAGCACUGAGUUAGACACCCCCUCAAGAGAUGAAUGUCGCAGACGGCUUGCUUCUCUAGUUAUGGCAACUUCAGUAACUACCGCAUGAUAGCAAUACACAGCAGUCUGAGGAGCCAUACACAAACCUCAACCAAAACGCCACUCUAUUACCACAAAUAAUGCUCAGAACAGCACCUGACUUCAUCAACAGUACAUACCGAGUCCUAGCCACAGCACUAGCCACCAAACAUCUUUUUAACUUUUUAACUAAAGAGACUAAACACAACUCACCUACUAUCUUCCAGCAGCCGCUUGUUUGUAGGCCCGUCCAUUAUGGACUGCUGCGGGUUGACGCCAUAGACUGUAUAUAAGAUGGACAACCUGGUUCCGCCUUCCGCCUGUAUACGGAUUUGAAGCCAAAAAGCUCUCGGUAAUUCCGGGUUUUUCUCCGCUUCCUUGAAACCAGAGCUGCGCAGUAGCGCGCAUUCGGCCGCGCAGUCGCCGAGAGUCCCUGCGAUGACGCUCGGCUCAAACAGCGUAUCCCCCAGGGUGAGCUACGCAAUCCCUGAACGCCCAUAGGCUGUACCAGAUGUCAAUCAUAGAAAACAUGAACCCCCUAAUAACUUUUAAAAACGGAGCUGUACAGAAAAAAAGACUUGGGCACAAACCAGUCUAACAAUAACUACAUGUCAACGUCACAAGCAGGGGGGAGAAAAAUUUAUGUUCUGUGUAAUAAAUUUCUAAGUUUGUCCACAGGCCCAUAAGCUUUGCUGGCGGAGGAUUUAUGACCUGUACUGCAGCCCACCAUCAGAGGGUGCUGUUCUCGGAGUGGCUUCAGCCAGCGAGGAGGCAGACUCUGUCCAUCUUAGAUACAGUCAAUGGUUGACGCAGCUCAAGGAAGAACAUUUAUGAUCAUUUCUUCAUGGAAAUGCAAUCAGACCGAGACGCUAAGGCAGAAUAAUUAAAUGCAUUAAAUUAAAUGAUAAAUCAUCAUAAUAAAAUAAUAAAAGUGCAGUAAAAACCUUAUACAUUCAUAUUUUUUAAUUACUUUUAAAGCAUCACAUCUUGUCAACAAACUUCAGACCUAUCUAUAGAUAUAAAAUUUAUUAUAUAAAUUGAAGAAAAUAUUGAUUUUAAUGCAUUAUUAUUUUUGGCACAUUGACAGUUUUAAGUAAAAACUUGUACAUGAACAUGUCUGAUAAAAGUGCAAUUAAAAACAAAAUACAUUCUUAUUUUUACUUUACUUUUGAUUAAACACAUCUUGUCAACAACUUGAGACCUAUCCAUAGAUAUAAAGUUUAUUUAUUUAUUUAUUUAUUUUUAGGGUUUUUAGUGAAGCCAAUAGAUAGGCUUUUUGAAUUAAGAAAAUAAAAGUGAAAAAAAAAAAUAGUGCCAAAAUUUCAUACAGCUUGCCUUUAAACUGACCAGUUCACUGAGAGACGAACAAAAAGAGAAAAAAACACCCAAAAUGUCACUUUUGGGCCCCUAGAUGCUCCGAGAGUUAACAAUGCAACAGCGAACCUCUGGUAUAGGAACUUGGUUGAAGCUGACUGCGCAGCAACUUUAGAGACAUUUAUAGACAUAGUGGGUGCGAAUGCCCUCGGUGAGUGUGUGUUCCUUGUUUCCAUGUUGAGUGAGGGGGUUGGCUUUUUCCCAGUUUCCUCUUCAUUGGUGUGGAGCUGGGAGAUCGCGGUGCUCAAAGCCACAGUUUAGCUUCGCCUUCUCCCUUGGUGCCAUAAACGUCAACAGUUUGCCGCUGCUUCGUACCGUACAGCUGAGGGGAGCAGAAAAAAAGAAACUCGGAGUCACUUAGUGAAACAGAAGAAGGCCGGCAGCUGUUGGAAAAACCUCGGACUUUUUUAGAUGGAGGAAACAUACUCUCUUCGACUUCUGUCAGUCUUAAUAACUUUAAGGCUGCUGUCGCUUUCUAACGGGACAGGACCGAGUAAGUUGCGCAGAUGUUGGCGAGUUUAUGUUUGCUGUAUGUACAGAAAUGGCUCCAUUACAUUUUCCUUUUGGUCUAUUUAUGUAGACAUGCUGGGUGAUUACGACAGGCUGACUUAAAGCAACAGACUUUUAUUGUUGUAUAUAUUCAGGAGGGUUUCAUUGUUCAUGUUGCAGUACCUUUACUUUGAAGGGGGAAAUGGCCUUAAAUUGUGAAGGGUGAAUAAGUAUCAUGGAAAGUAUGACUGAAUUGUGGAAAUAUUUUAGUAGACAAUGAUUACCUUGAACUCAUGAUAACAUCUUUCUGACUUACUUUUGCUUUUGUGUUAAAUGGAGUUAGUAGACUGUAGAAAAUGAAGUUGCCCACUGAGAUACACAGGGAGAGGCUGAACACAAAGAAUGGUGGGCAGAAAGUUCAGAGUUUUUCAAAGGGAGGGGUAUAUCCUUCCUGAGCAUUUUCCUCUUGCCUCCUGAGACAUGGCUUUUGUUCAACAGUAUGUCAGUAAAGCACUGGAGGAGGAAAUGUUGUUUUAAGAUAAUGGUUGUGUGUAGUAGACUCGAACUGCAAUAACAUUCUCACCCCCACUCUUAAUUUCCGCAGGUGCCAAGCAAGAAUGCCCUAUCGAAGUAACCCCAGACAGGAUGGUGAUACAAUACCAAGGGAGGAGUGAGAAAGCAACAUGCAAGCCAAUGUCCAACAUCUCGAGCAACGUCGAAAAAUUAUACUGGCAAGAUCAGGAAAACAAUUCGACAAACAAUUCGAUAAGUUGGUCUGUUGACACCCACAAAGACUGGAACUCAAAGCCUGAGUGUAUUGGGUCUUUUGUGGGCAAAGGAGAGUGCCGGAAACGUCUAAACGUCAUUCUUUACAGUAUGUAUCUUUUACUUUUACAUGCAUGCAUGCUCUUAAUCUUUGAAAAUGUUUCUGUUGAUUUCAUCUUUUAAACUAUUUGUCCAGAAACCCCAGACAGUGUCUCCAUCCUUCCUGUUGGUAAUAUAAGCUCCGUGGUGGAGGGGAGAGAGUUCGAGCUGCAGUGUGAUAUAACCAAUGUUGCUCCUGCACGAAACCUGGCAGUGCAGUGGCUCAUAGGGAAUGAAACCAUCGGACCAUUCAAAGGUAGGAGUCAUAUUUUACACAAGUUUCGCCUUUUCUGUUAGGGCAAAAGAGAGAAACAAUAUAACCCCUAAUAUAAGACAUAGGAUCUGCACACAAACAUGAGACAUGUUAUUUUCCUCAAUGUGCAGAAACAUAUUAAUGUUUACAGACCAGAGCGAAAAGCAAAGACUGCUUCUUGAGAUGCGUCAAUCCUAUUGGAUCAAGAUUAGGAUAUGGACAAUUUUUUUAAUUACAUCAGCUUUUAUAAAUCCAGCAUGAGUAAGUUAACUUUAGUAACCCCAUACAGUAUGUUCUGCUUCUUUACUGGAGCUGUACAGCAAAGUUUGUAACAACAUACAAGGUGAUUUAAAGCAUGGUGAGUCUGCUGUUAGUGUUACAACAGACAAUUGGAGCUCCCAUGUUUGUAGCAUGUCAUUAAGUUGCAGUAAUGCAUGCACACCCUGACAGUUCAUGUCAAGCCAAUUAUACAACUUAUAAGUGAACCUAAGUUAUUAUAAAUCCUUGAGGGAAUUUGUAAUUUUUUUUUUCCAAAUUUUAAAGUAAUGAAGUUUUUCUAGAUUGAUAUCGUUUGGUGAAUAUAUAUUUUACCCAGGCAAAUUCAGGUCUUGGAUUGGGACCCAGCAGAUAUGCAAUAGUUUAUUCUUAGAUAAUACGCUGCCAUCACCAAUAGUACUGGAAUAAGACAACAGUGUACCACACACACAAGUAGAAAGCAUAAAACACAUCUUCCGUCUGCUCCUAAAUGGUGUUCCUCUUUUCUCCAUCAGGCGCAGUACGAGUGACUAACUGCCCGCCAGAGGACAACACAAACUGUAACAUCAGCGCCACUGGUUCCCUACUGAAUGUGACGUCUACAAUCAGCAUCACUCUGAACCGAACACACAACGGGACAGACCUCAGAUGCGAGGCUCUGUUGGACCUCUGGCCUCCUCAGCCUCCUCUAACCACGAUGUCCAGCUCCUUCAACAUCACUGUCAACUGUGAGAUCACAUUUAUGUUUUCAGUGACACUGAUUAUGAAAAGUUGAAAAGUCUUGGUGUUUUUUCACUGAAGGGAUAUUUUGGUUCAUAUUUUGGUCAGUAUCGUACACAGUCUUUGACCUCACACAGCGCUGUUUGGUAUGUUCUCAACAGAUAAGCCCGUUAUCGACACCCAAAAACUCGCAAAGAUUGUCCCAGUGUUCAGAGGUUACCCCGAGGACCUUGUUUGUAAGGCUGAUGGUCAUCCACCUCCAAAGAUUGUGUGGCUCUACAGCUCGGACAAAGGGCCCCACGUAUCUGGAGAUAUGUUAACCGUGUCUGAAGCGGGUCUCUACAACUGCACCGCUACCAAUGAGGUGGACUCCAUUUUCUUCGAGGUUGAGGUGGUUUUAAAAGGUAAGCCCUCCAGUUAUUUAAACUACUUAUGACUUUAUGAAAGUGUGCAUACUUUCUUUAAAAACUCUGUAAGAUCCUUUCAUAGUUGUGGGACACUCCCUGGCAGUGAAACCAGAUCUCUUGCUAACACUAAAUAUGUAUUCCAGUUAAAUAUUUCUAAAAGCUGUUAAUUAAAUAUAUAACUCUGAAUUAAAGUUGGAGCAUCUUCUGGUCAUCAUUCGGUCAAUAUAAGGAGAAAAAACUGUGACAGUAAAACAAUAAAUCCUAAUGAGAUGGAGAUUUUCUGUACUUGUAACAGUUUUAUCAAAAUUUCUAAUGAUUAGUAUAUUGUCUGAUUUCAUUACAGAGGACUACCUUCCCCUCAUAGCUGGAUUUGUGGCCGUCACAGUCAUUGCCAUCUCCAUCAUUUUCGUCUUCAUCUACUCGAUCUAUUACAAGAACACCAAAAUGCGACGCUACAGUCUCAAAAACCCCAAACUCAGCGCCCACAACAGCAACGUGGCUCAAAAUGGAUGGGACCUGCAGUUUCCUAUGACUAAACUGUCCUAGCAGCAUUGAGCGGAUAGCUGAUCACUUUGAAUCAGCUGCAUCUCACUGCCAAUGAUAUCUACAGAGUCAGAAACGUCUGAAUACCACUCAGCCUGCAGGCUCACUCUGGUUUUAUUGGAAAUCUCUCAGAUUCGUCAAACAGCACACACUCGAUCAUUCUUACAUCUGUUUGGUCACAUGGAAUUUUUUUACCUUAUAUUGAGUAAUCUGAGUAUGACAUCGGGCCAAGUAAAAUGAAAAAGUUAGGCUUGAGAUGCGCAUUUUUGUAUUUACUACUGGAUUUGACCUGUUUUCACUGGACAGGGAGAAGGAGAGGAGUUAAGACCCAAAACUUGGCCCUGAAUUACCAGAAAACUGUCAACUGAUCUGACAUUGGUUCUUUAGCACAAAGGGAAUUUGUUUGUUUUGAUGUCCACUUUAAAAUUUACAAAUCAUGCAAGUGGCGACCCUGAGGCUGCCGUGGUUUUAACAGCCACACUAACAAGAAGUGCACUAUUUUUUUUUCUCUAUUUGCUGAUCAGCCUCUGAAAGUGUGAUACUGAAUCUGUGAAAAUGACACCGACUUUGCCAAAUGUGUGGACAUUUUUUGCUUCGAAUUCACUGAGCCCAGUGUCCCUUCAUUAUUCUUUGUAAAACACUGCACUUGUUCUAGAGUUUGUAGCCUUCUCUGUGCCUGACCCUAGUACCACACUGUGCCAGGAUUCGGCUUCAUGGGGUCACACUGUCUUUUACCAAAGUUCUUGGCUUUUGUACAAAUGGCUGCGGGCAAUGUGCCUAUCAGAACUGUAUAUUCAGGAAUAUAUUUUAUGUAAAUGCAAAUGGUAUUUAUUUAUUUAGAAACUGUAUUGAUUGAGCUUUUUAGUAUGAAAAAAGGGACUGCAGACAUGUUUUUACAUUUUUUAAAAGACUGGAAGACUAAGUGGUAAUGGGUCCUACUCACAGUAUCGGCACAUGAGGACAUUGAAACACAUUUGUGAAUACGGCUGUAAAUAUUUGUUUGGUGUUAAACUGAAACUGUAUUUUAAUAAUAAAAAUGUGAGUUUUCAGACUGAUUGUUUUGUCACUGAAAUUUGGUAGGUUUGACUACAUCUGGUAGGGGAGAGUGGGGUAAGAUGAGCCAUUUUUCAUAUUUCAGAUCACUACAUCAAGGCAAUCAUAGUUUUGUCUCUAACUAGUGUAUCUGCAUAUAUUUCAAGAUGUUGAGCAUCCCUGCAAACCAGCAAAAUGAGUGUAAACAUAACUGUCUUGAUAAUAUAGCAUGAGAAAAAAAGUGGUCUCCUAUGGUCAACUUACCCCGUGUAUGGGGCAAGUUGACCAUAGGAGUGAGGUUAGUUGAGCUGUAUCCCUACUACCCCUAAACCCUCCACCCCAGCCCUCCCUCACCUUCUCUCUCCCUAAAUAACAGUCACUUCUUUCUUUAGUAUUUUUAUCUAUUAUACGCUUUUCAACUGGUACAAUAAUUCUUUUAUUAUUUUUGCAUAUAAAGAGCUGUUUUGUUUUGCCUUUAAGUGAUUCAGAACAUUCACAGAUGUAUUUUUGAAAAGACAAAGUAAAACAUUCAAAAAUCUGAACUGAAACUCUGAUCCUCUCAUCAGACUAAUUUACUUUCUCAUUUGAGAACUACUAUGAUGACUUUAUUAGUCCUCUAAACUAAAAUGGUGGACUUUUAUGUUGUAGCUCAUAGAUACCACAAUUCAUGUAUAAAACAAAUUUAAAAUGGUCUUUUUUGGUCUGAACACAAUUCUAAUAAAACUUAUGACAGACUAAAUUCACUUUCAAGAGUGAAAAAUGUUUUUUUUUUGUAAAUAAAUGUCUAACUCCUUCACCCAUGUGCUUCUAACCCUCACAGACUCUAUGAAUUGAUGCCCAUCUCCUAAAUAUUUGGUCACAUGAUCAAUUUCUUUGACCAUUUCCAAGUAACAGGGAGUGGCUCAACUUACCCUUUGGCUCAACUUACCCCACUCUCCCCUGUGCAUGUAGGCCUAUAGAAUACUAAUUUAUGGCAAAGAUCAAGUCUAAAGUCCAUUUUAUAGACAUCUUUCGAAAACAAACUUGAAAAUUCUUUUUUUAAAGAAUAUGCUCCUUAUAGAAGAGGAUUUUCACCAUAUUCCUUAAGUUUUGUUUGUAGAGAGGGAACAGCCAGUAGAGGGUACUAUAUACCACCUGUGUCUUAAAUGCUGCCUUCCAGUGCUGUUGGAAUCGUUGGAACAAUUACGAACUACAGUCACUCCACGUGCUAAAGUAAAGAGUUGUGUGUUGGUUGAAUUGCCAGACUUUGUCAGCAUAGGAUGUCAGAACAAACUUAACUAGAUAUUUAAUGUAUUGGUGGAAUUGCUGGUUAGGGAAAGUGUCCAAAAAGCAGGUUCAGACCGUUUUAGAAAUACACAUCGUUUAACGCAUUAUACUCCAUUUCUUAAUCGGACGUUUUUAACUUUGCGGUCCCACAGACGAGAACAAAUGGGGUGUUUCCCAAACUGUUGAGC